CCGACUCAGUCUUCGUGAUUUCAACGUAGCGCUUCGACGUUGAGGAAGGCUUUCGCGAAAAAUACAAAUAAAAUCGAAAAAUAAAAAUAAAGAAAGGAUGAAAACCAAACAUUUCUCCUUUCAAGUUUCAAUUUAACUUGGUUAGUGUUGAAGCAUUGGAAAUAAGCGAUUAGGAGACGAUGAUUUCGGGGUUUAAAUUAAAGUGAGUUAUUAAAGAAGCUCCCGGGGUUUGAUAAGAAUUCGUCAAGUGGUGGUUUCAGAGCGGAUAGUACCGGGUAAUGGGACAUCUGUUACACAUGCAAAUAAUGAUAACGCCAUUGUGAAGUUAAGAUAGUAGUCAAAAAGACGAAGUAUCAUCAAAGGUGGCAGUGGUUUAACGUCGACCUACUUACAGCUUGCCAGCUUGGCUGAAAAACCAAGGUACAAGGGCAAACAGUUUGGAAUUCAAUACCUGCGGUACCACUAGAACCAUUCCUUCCGUCAUCAACGUCAUCAGUAUCAUCGUUACUGCUGUCAUCUGAGAUGUUCAUUUCCUGUAUAACGUAAGCGUUUAUGUUACACCCUUACGAAACUCAUAUUAGACCCGUGAAUGUAGGACGAAAUCCUCAGGGAGUUGAACCAGUUUCAGGACAUGUAAUAGCAAAAUAAUAUGUAUUAUGUGAAAAGGACGAGACAAAAUGAAAACUGGUCCCUGAAUGGGAGCUAUGAAAAAAGUCCGAGGAUAGAAAGAGAGCGAAAGGGUCGGAAGGGGCGAGAACAAGGAGCAACAGGAGCAGAGUAAGAGAAAAGGAUCUAAAUGAACAUUUAAUAUCUGCAAAUUUUCACUGGGGGUAGUGGCGUGUAGUUUCUGGGGAAUUUGUUGCUUGCUGUGCGGCUCAUUCCCGUGUGCGACGUAUCCUUUUUCGUAUCAGAGACCUACAUAUCGACCGUACAACUCCCCCGAAGAUUCGAACGUUAAGUGUAACGCGUUCGAUUUAAUCUAAACGUUCGACAAUCUCUAGCAAGUUGGUCUCGUUCCCUCCUUUUCAAAAGUUUAAGUCUGCGAAUAUCGUCACCCAGACGAUUUGAAGGAAACCUAACUCUGGAUUGGCUUGCAGCAGUUCGUGUUAAAUGCUUCGGGUAACUGAAGACGGCGGCAACGGUAGCGGUGACAAACGAUUACUUGGGAAAUCUUUGCGAAUCCACGGGAAUCCAGAUGAAGUCAAGGGAGGAAUCCUUGAAAAUCGUGAAAGGAAUCAAGUCUUAAUGCUUUUAUCGAUAAAUCAGAACACAUACCGGGAGUGAACACGAUGAACAUGAGCUCGCUUUAAAUCAUAAGGAAGUCGUAACAGCAGGAACCUAUAAAAGCAACACGACAGCAUGAAUUGAAUGGCAGUGUUUCUGGUGAAUAAGCUACUAUGAAAAUUUGGUUUUCCUUUCAAGAGGCUCACUGGCACUGGAAGGAGGCGACAGCAUUUUGUACCAGUAUGUUUUGAAGUUUUCAUAUGGAUGAGGCGUAUGAGCGUAUAGAAAGGGCCUAGCGGCAGGAUUCGGUACAUUUGUAAUCAAAUUGAGUGUGGCAAAGAUAACUGAAGCUCGUCCUGGAAAGGGAACUUCUUUGCUUUCUGAAUGUCUCGCUAGAUAAUAGCUAUUGCCUAUUGCUUCCUGACACCUCCGUUACGAACGAAAAAGGACCAGAAAUUAUUCUUUUUUCACACCUUUGGCAGACAGGGAAGGAGUCGACUAUCAUUGGCACUUGUAUGAUUCCGAUUCCGCUUCCAGACCAUUAAGCAUUGGCUCUGACGCAAUUUUGUGAUUGGUUUUCGUGAAAAGUGUCGGACAUUUAAAGAAAGAAGAAAAAAAGAAAAAUUAAUUUUAGGAUGUGAGUCGGGACGUCAAUUCAUCACCCAAAUGGUUUAAAUCGUAAAAUUAUACUUCACAUUCGAGAAUCAAAUCAGGAAGAAGAAUUCGUAUUAAAUGUAGAGGAAAAAGUAACAAAUAAAAGUCAGAUUGUUCAGAAGUUCUAAGUGGUGUUGAAAAUAAGUGGAAAUUACGGGGAUCAGUGUGUGAAAAGCAUAAUAAAAGGCAGAUAAGCGGGAGGUAUCAGUGAGUGGAAAUUCUGAGAGCAACCGGCAAUUUGUGUAAUGUUCGACGAAAGACUAAAGCAAGGAUACAUCAGCAUCUAGCCAUGGCGAACCGCAACAAGUCAAGCAUGGAUUACACAAGCUUGGGUUGCUGCGCGUUAGCCUUUAUUCUUUAUUUGAACACCCUGGAUGCGGGGUUCGUCUAUGAUGAUAGACGAGCCAUCAUGGGCAACACGGACGUGUCGAGUACAACACCCUGGACCCAGGCAUUCCAGAACGACUACUGGGGCACACCACUUGCCGACUCCGGUUCGCAUGGUUCCUAUCGUCCACUGUGUGUCCUUAGCUUUAAAGUUAACUACAUUUUCGGCGGAUACACACCAUGGGGAUACCACUUAAUUAACAAUCUUAUGCAUUGUCUUGCAACCGGUCUGGUUGUGAAGUUAGCACGGCACCUGUUGUCCUCGGUGUGGGGUAUUCUGGCCACAGGCGCUCUAUUUGCAGCUCAUCCAAUACACACGGAGGCAGUAGCCGGAAUUGUUGGAAGAGCGGAUUUGGCUGCCUGUAUCUUCUAUCUGUUAACGUAUCUAACGUUCAUUAAGCAUAUUGCCUGGCGAGAGAGGAACGACAGUAGACAAUGGUUGGGCUUAAGUCUGAGCAUCGUACUUUCAUUUUGUGCUGUCCUUUUUAAGGAAACUGCGGUUACAGCACUCGUUGUUUGUGCCAUAUUUGAUAUCGUAAGAGGAUUAUGCGGUUUCUCUGAUAAGAAUCGAUAUCGGACGCUUGGCAUCAUUGGCGCGGCACUAAUAACCAUUGUUUAUAUACGUUUAUCAGUACCUGGACCCCGGGAAGCCUUCUCCUUGGCCGAUAAUCCUGUGGCCAAAUCGAAUUCGUUAUGGACACGAUUCCUUACGUUUCUUUACUUACCCGUUUUCAACUUUAAGCUUCUCAUCUAUCCAUCUGUCCUGAGCUUCGAUUGGGGGAUGGAUGCUAUUCCUCGCAUAACUUCCAUUUAUGAUUCAAGGAAUUUUUUAACAUUAGUUUUUUACGGUGGCAUCUCGUGGACUUUAUGGCGAUGUGUGAAAGUGUUGCUAUGGCAUCGUGAGGAGUUUCCCAGAGCAGCGCAACAGAGAAAGUCCAGGACAAAACGAAAGCAAAUAAUUGCGGGCGUGACGCAGGACCAUGUUAUGUUGCCGGCAUCAUAUAGUGUGGCAGCAGCAUACAAUGUCAUAUCGGGCCUGGGAGGGACGUCGUCAUCUGCUUCGACUGUAGUGAUUACUGCUCCGGUUCUUCCUGCAAAGAAUGACUGCGUCUGCAGAAUAUGUAAACAAGAAGUGACAAUAAGACACACAAGCACAUGUCGAGCAAUUAAUAACAACAACGUGCCAGGACCGUACACGGACUGCGGUUGCCACCUUGAGAAAUGGCGCUGGUCUCGCUCCAAUUCUCCCGAACUUGUUCGACACCCCAAUCACGCCAAAUUUGCAACGUUCACCGCACGCGGGGAAAUAGCAAUUUCCAAGCUUGACCGAUACAUGAAUGAGGUGCAUUUAGGGGAGAACGAGCGGAUACCCGUGGCAAAUAGUUGUAAUUAUAGUGUAAAUAUAGGAGACAAGGGUUGCAGUAACCUUCUGAGUAAUCUUCCAGCGAGGACCACAAAUAGCGUUGUCCUUAUUAUGUCAAUAGCUUUUCUUACGCUUCCAUUUCUACCAGCAACGAAUUUAUUUUUUUACGUUGGUUUCGUUGUGGCCGAGCGCCUUCUCUACUUGCCCAGCGUGGGCUAUUGCCUGUUAGUAGGAUUUGGCAUUGCAAAAAUUAUGGAGCCGCUUAGAUGUAGUAGGAAACGGUUAGCAGCUGUGUUAUGUAUGAGCCUAAUUUUAAGUAUGUUAAGUGUGAAGACUUGGAGGAGAAAUUACGACUGGCGGGAUGAGGAAAGCUUGUUCCGGAGUGCAAUUAAUGUGAAUCCACCAAAAGCACUUGGUAAUUUGGGAAGUGUCCUUAGCUCACAAGGCAGAUAUAACGAGGCCAAAGUUGCCCUAUUAGAAGCUCUCAAAUAUCGGCCCAAUAUGGCUGAUGUACAUUUCAAUUUAGGAAUUCUUCAUCAAAAUCAACUGAAUUUCAAAAAUGCUGUGGAAAAUUUCCAGCGGGCUAUCCAGUAUCGGCCGAACUUAGCAUUAGCCUACCUAAAUUUGGGAACAUCGUUAAUAGCACUAGGUCACUGCCAGGAGGCAGCAUCAAUUCUAAAAGAGGGCACAAAAGUUGAUGGUACCGGCGUUCGGGACCGGGGAGCUCAUGAAAAUGCCCGAAUAUCAUUAUAUCUCCAGUUAGGUAGUUUGUAUGCUGAACAGGGCAAAUUGCAGAGGGCAUUAGCUGUGUACAGGGAAGCAUUGCAUUCACUUCCAGCCAAUUAUCAACGUGAAGUGCUUCUGCAUCGAAUAGGAGAUAUAUUUGGGAAGUUGCAACAAUGGAACGAAGCUGAGAAGUACCAUCGAGCUGCACUUGAUAUACAGCCAGAUCAUAUUCCUGCACAUCUAUCAUAUGGAAUUACGUUGGCCAAAAAUAGCAGUAGAGCAUCAGAAGCGGAACUAUGGUUCAAGCGUGCCCUGAAAUUGGCUCCAGCGGAUUCCAGUGUCCAUCAUCACUACGCUGAAUUCCUGACAACGCUCGGGAGGCAUGACGAAGCCUGCACUUAUCGAGUACGUGCCGCUGAAUUAUCCCCAAAGGAUUAUUCGUUAGUGGUGUCAGCUGCAACGGCAUUAAGGCUGCUGGAUCGGAAAAUUGAUGCGGAAAAGUGGUAUCGCAAAGCUGUUCAACUUCGCCCGGAUGAUGCCCGUGCCCACACCAACCUAGGAGCCAUCCUACAUCUGCUCGGACGAACUCAAAAAGCGGCUUCUAGUUAUAAGCAAGCUUUAAGACUGCAACCUGGUGAUCCUACGACAUUAGCAAACCUUGCUAAGCUAGGAAUAGGUGAAAUGAAGUAGAAAUUGUUUAUAUUCUGUACACAUGCAUAUAUCAUUCGAAGAUGGUAUUACAAAAAUCUUAAAAACAUACCAAGCAUAGGCAAGAGAUGAAGUUUAAAACUAAUAAAAAAAACAGAGAAAAGAAAAUGAUUUAUAUUUAUAUUCAUCCCCUAAAAUUAAAUAAAAUUAAAUAUGAAAGUAUGUGUCUCUAAAAUUCUGUAUUAUAUUAGAGUUUUGUAUCAUAUAUAUUAUGAAAAAGGACAAUUUGUUUUAUAUAAUACAUUGAAUACCUAUGUACCAUGCAUGCAAGAAUAAGAACAGUAAAAUAAUGACCAGAUUGUUAUGUAAAAUAAAGUAAGACACUCAAAUGUAUAUCUAAAACUAAACUAAAUGCGAUAAUGUAUUAUAUUAUGAAAUUUACAUUAUCUAGGAAUGAAAAACAGGCGAAAAUUAUGAUAAACAGAAAAUCAACUAAAGAAUGAACAAUAAAUUUAACUUAGUGUAUAACUGUAUUUUGUAAAUAUUGGAAAUAACAUAUAUAGUUUAAUUUGAAAUAUAAAAGAUGAAAAUAAAUUAUAUGAAAAUUAAA